AUGGCUCAGGCUUUGACCAGAGUGACGAAGAAGUACGGGAAUCUUGUGAUGUGUUACGUGGAUGACGUAGUCGUAGCAACACCAAACCUGGGAGACCACCUUGAUUGGCUCGACGAGGUCUUUGGAUGCAUGAAAAGAGCAGGCUUGAAAUGCAAACCAUCGAAAUGUGAAAUCCUUAGGGAGUCGAUCAAGUACCGAGGAAGUUUGGUGGACAGGCAUGGCGUGAGACCGUACCCGGAAGCAGUAGAGGCUGUGUUGACAUGGAAGGCUCCCAGAACGGACGCACAACUCAUCAGCUUCCUAGGGUUUGUCAAUUAUUACCGUGAGUUCAUAAAAGGCUAUGAAGACAAGAUGUAUCCAAUGCAGAGGCUGAUGCGCAACAAAGGAAAGAAGUUCGAAUGGAACGAAGAAGCACAAGUUGCCUUCGAGAACAUACAGCGGGAACUCUGCGACGCGGCCAGACAUCCUGAGUUACCUGUAGAGAAAGGAGUUGAGAUAAAGAUUCUAUCCAAGAAGCACCCGGUGCCCUUGGAUCUGUUGCUGCGCUCAAACCUGGUCCAGCAGGAACUCUCUCGCAUGAACAUAAACAUCCUCUCGUUAUUGGAUAAAACGGUGCAGGUCACACCGAAAGUGAUGCGGAUGCUAGGUGGAAUGUUAGAGAGAGAAGUGACCAAAGAUGACCCCGAGUGGGCAGCAGCCAUGGCACCACUGACACAAAAGGAAGGUGAAGAAGUUGGUCGAAUCCUGGAGCAAGGAAGUUUGUCCAGGGAGACGAACGGCAAGGAGAAAGGGCGAGUUCAGGAUCAAGACCUGGAGAAUAAAAUUUUGUCCGGGGAGUUCAGGUGGAUGAGCAGAACGCGCAGAACUGACCCAGGAGAGGGUGCAGACUCCGUUACACACUCUUCAACAGAUGACCAUUCCCGGAACUCAGGAAUUGACACCUACUCAGACAGGAACUCGAGCUCGGGAUCGUAA